AUGGCUAGUGGCGGCGGCAGCGGCGGUAGCGGGUUCCUCAACCUGGAGCGGCACUUCACCUUCUACGGCGCGUACCACAGCAACCCGGUCAACGUCUUCAUCCAUACGCUCUUCAUCUGGCCCAUCUUCCUCACGGCCCUCCUGCUCCUCCACCUCACCGCCCCAUUCCCGCGCGCCGCCGCGGUCUUCACCGCCGUCUAUGGGGCCUUCUAUGCCUCCCUCGACCGUCGCUCCGGCUCCCUCGUCACCGUCCUCUGCCGCCUCUUCUGGGGCGCCCGCUCCGCCCGCCUCGGCUUCUCCCUCGGAUGGCCACUCUUGGCUUCUUCCUUUGAUUGA